GUUCGGUAGAUUUAUUAUCAUCGAAAUCUCCGAGGUCAUCAUCAAUUGAUUCUCCAACACGAAUAACAUUUGGAUCCUCAACUCGUACAUCCUUCGGUUCACCUCCCAGAUCUAAACUCGAAUCAUCUGAAAUAAUUAGUUCGAUAGAUGAGGCUAACGAAUCUUCACGGGGGAUCGAAGUUACUUCAAUCAGUCCGCUUACCUCCACCUCAGAACCUCAGUCUGUUGAUACACAGAAGAAUUCAAAUACUGAUGGGUUAUCCGCGGGAUCCAGCGUGACUAAUAAGAAAUGUGGUGAGGAAUGUGGAAGUCCCGUGUCACCGACUAAAGCGUUACACAUUAUCGAAGGAGAAACUGGAGCAAGUAUAAUUGGACAGUUGUAUACGCAAGAGAAGCCCAGUGCAGCAUCACCUGUCACUGAGAAUAAGGAAAUUAAUGAAAUGAUGUCAGAAAAUAAUUUAGGGGUUGGAAUAACAGCUGAAAACGAGGGCGCAACAAUCGAGGAAAAAAAUUCUGAAAUUCAGGAUAUUCCGAAAGAGGAAUCAAAUAUGAAGGAACUUUCCAAGGUUGAGUUAGAUUACGAGAAGGAGAAAGCACCUUUGUUGCGUCCGAAGCCAAAAGCAUUAAAAUCAGAUCCAUUGCCAACAAACAAUGAAUUAUCUGAUUCAUCUUUGAACGAUGGAUACGAAAAAAUCCCAAAACGACGGAUUAAUGUUAAAGACCUUUUCAAGGAAAAGAGCGACACACAACCACCUCGCCCGAAGCCGGAACCGCCACGCAAAAAGACCUCUCUUCUUACCGCAAUGUUCGAGGAUGCAGAUAAGAAGCAUGGAAAUGAAGGAUCAACCAAAUCUUUAUUUAAUAAAAACGUAAAUUCUGUGGUACAAAUGACCACAACCACCGUAGUAGAGACGGUGGCGAAAGUUAGUGAGGGGGGAGCCGAAACUACUAAAUUGGAGGUGGAAAAGACUAACAUCGAAAUAACCGCUGGAGAUAUUGAAAAUGAGAAACCGGAGAUAGAUGUACAUAAGAAAGGGGACCUACCGAAAACUCCAGGAAGAUUAAAUGUUAAAGAAUUUGUCAAGGCAAGAAAGGGAAAAGAAAGUAAAACAUCACCGUUAAGGUCCGAACCACAACGAAAAAAAAUAUCCCUUGUAGGCACUGUUUUUGAGGAUUUGCAGAAGAAAAACGAAUCCAAUUCAGAUAAAUCUGUUAGCACAGUUUUAACGUCAAAGAAUUCUGAUGAGGAGAAUUUAAAGGGAAAGGGAGUUGCAGAUACUUUGGGCACAAAGAAGUCUCAAAUAAACACGAGUGGUGGUGAAAGUGCAGUAAAACCACAAGUUAAUAAAAAGGCAGUACUUGAUAGAUUACCUUGGAUGACACAGAAAUCAGAUGAUGUCAAUUCAACUUCUGCAAACCCUUCGAAAGGUCCGGUUCCACGUAAAUUGGCUUCUUCGUUCCUUACCCCAGCUGCUACUACUAGCACUACCACCGAACAGUCCAAGCCAAGAGUACCUUCUAAGUUAGAUGGUUCGAUUUCGCAAAGACUAGAAGGUGUUUUCGGAGGUAAAGUGCCAUUGCCUGGAAUGGGGCGUGGAGCAACGGGACUUGGUGGAAAGAAAGUGAGCCUGAGCGGAGAAGAAAACGGUGAUAUUGGGCGAGUAAAAGUUAUGAUAGGAGCUAGAGAUGAGACAGGUUCAAAGGAUGCCAAGGAUGAAACAUCCAAAUCCGAAGAGGUGACGGGUACUCCAUCGGCGUCGCUCAAACCUUUGAAUCAUGUGACGAAGGAAAGGCCGAGACCACCUGGCAGAUCGCGACCACCUACGAGACCGACAAAGACCGUAAGUAAUGAAGAUAAAGAAAACAAGAAAAUGGAUUUAACAGAAAGCAAAGAUGUUAAUGAACAAAAAGAUGAAAAAGUAGCGGAAUGCGUGGGAGAUACAGAUUGUGAAUCGACGGAGAAGACAAAUGAGCAAAUGCUAGAAACCAUCAAAAUUAAAGAAACAUCGGAAGAGACAUCAGUAGGUGAAACAAGUAAAAAAGUUGAUGGUAAAGAUUAG